GCGACUGAGGCCUUUUUAAACAUGGCGCCCGGCUCACUGAGCCCCGUGUAUCUCCCAGACUUGGGCAGAUGUCUCGCCGGCGACCUGCUGCUUCCAUCUUGGGAUGACCUUCUUGACGGCCUACUUUCCCACGACGAUAUACGAUCAAGUCUUGCAGUAGAGAUACUUUCCGGCGAUCGCCCCAAGAAGAUUUUGUCCCAGCCAUACCCAUCCUUUCCAAAGCCCUCUUCCACUUCCAAGACUGCCUUCGAUACCUCUAGCGCGGGGAUCAAGCCAUCCUCGGACUCUCUUUACGAUGUUGAGGAAAUCAAAGCUGAUGCCUUGUGGCUCAGCAAGCAAGUGGACAUUGAUGAAUUGGAAGCGUUUCGUCUCGCGAUCCUGGAAUGGCAGUAUAGAGCCGAGUCUCGCCUGCAAGAAGGCUACUCUGAGGCCGAACUUGCUAGUCUCAGAAAUGCUCUGGGAGGCGCCUUUGUGGACAAACACUUUCAAGGCCUUCGAUCGCAGAGCGAGGAUGUCUUCAACAGCCAAGAUUCUCGCCGAUCGAGGCUGGCGCGCAGGUUUCUGCAAGAGAAGGUUACCAUACUACGCCUGCGCAGAGAGCUUUUAGAUACCAGUCUCAUGCCCGAGGCUGCAGAUCCGUCUGCUUCUCAGCUGCGGAGUCUUGCCGCCGACUUACCUUCAGCACCGCAAGAAUCUAUCGGUGACGAAGUUGAGUCUGCUAUUGCCGCUAUCCGCGACCGAUUGAAAGACCUGGAGAGUGGAAGACCUUGGGGCCUUGAUGAAUCAAGCGUGCUGGUGCUGCGUGAUCGUUCUGACACUUCAUCUUUGGAGACUAUCGAGGUUGUACUGGAGAUCCUGCUGCUGCGUGUACGACAGUCAAACACAACUGUGCCUUCAGUUGCCCUCAUUCACUGGCUAGAACUGAUGUCCUCGGUCGGAUUCUUUUCAACGUUCACGUCACAAGUCAGCAUGCAGCUGGCUGCGAUACGAAGAAUCCAAUCACUUGGCUCGUUUGUGUCAGCUGCUCUUCUCAAUCUUGCAGCGACAAUAGCAAGCUUGAAUGAAACAGCGACCUCACCUCAGUCAAGACACCAAAGCAGGGUCAGUGGAUAUUUCCACGAAAUUGAGUCCAUCCAUGAGUACAAUGAGAUAUUGGUCAACUAUGCAACCCUUGGGAAUGUCCAGGCUGGUCCAGCAAUCCUGGCCUGGGCGAUCAUCGUCCACGAACUAUGGACUUUGGGUAACACGAUAAAAGAGGCUCGAGAAAGCCAUCAUGCCCAGAAAGCCAUCGAAGGGGUGUCUACGCUCGAUACCGCGACAGGUCGACGGAGUUCUGGGAGCAGUGUUUCCAUACAGCAAAGCAUUUUCGAAGACCUUCUGGACCGCAUUUCCAUGGGUACCUCCCAAGAAGACCCUUCUAGUCCACUGCUUGACGCGGCCAUCGACCAAUGUCACGUCUUUGACUAUGUCACGCACCUUAGCGGCUCGAAAGAUGCCCCUUUAAGCAUUCUCUCUGCGUAUAAAUUGCAGAUCCUACAAGAGUUGAUCACCGUUUCUCAGUCAUUUCUUGGUUACACACCAGAAUUGGUAUCAGCACAAUUAGGUCUCUUGUCUAACACUUCAAGCGAAUAUUCAAAGAAACGACCAUACGACCCAGCAGUUGAUUUUGUUGAGGAUAAGUUUCUGCUGGCGGGAUUUUAUGAUAUCUCGGCAGCUCGCUUUCCAUACGAAUGCUUGCCUUUCCUGCAGUUCUCACGAGCUCUAGCCAAAGCAGACAUCUUUAGCGAUCAUGGUUUGCAUUAUGUGGAGUUCCGCCUACGCAACCUUACGACAUUUACCCAGGCAGCUGUCAAGGGUGUGCAAUACAAAAUAAUACGAGAGGACGAGAGCGACAGCUUUGUCGCGCUGGAGAAGCCUGUCAAUAUGCUCGACCUGACGCAGAAUAGAAUGCUCACAUAUUCUAGCCGCGACACAACUUCGCUAUCUAUUCUCCCUGCGGACACUGUUGGACAAGUCAUCUCUGAUCCUGACGCUCCGGUCAAGAUCAUCAAAUGGGACUUGAACUAUUCUUGUCUAUCUUAUAUUGGACAACUGCUAGAGUUGCGGUACCUGAAAUCACUCCAAUCCUGUCUUUCUCCACUCGAUGACCAACAAGCAGUGGUGUCAGAAAGUAUAGGUCUCAUUGCAGACCUUUUGUCCAGUACCCUUCGGAAUGCCGCUGAAGGGGAGGCUUCUGAAGAUGUGCGGCAACAUUGUAUCGCCAUCCUUGAAGAAUCGAGCACUCAUUUACAAUCCGCUGGAGGUAUUGAAUCCCUUGUCUUCGAGAUCCUGGAGCAAGAGCUUCAAGCCUUCCGUCAGCGUUCAGUUGCGACCUUCAACUGUGACAUCUUACUGUCUUGUUUAGACUUCAUUAUUGUACUGAGCAAGAUCCAGCCUCACAUCGUGUGGUCUGGAAUCAAUCGGACGAGCCUUCUUGGCCGUCAUUCCUCCUCAACAUACAUCCUGGGGAUCGUCUCUGCGGUGGAAGUACCUACACGAGCAUUUUCGUUUCUAGCAAAGUGCGCAGAGUUGUAUCAAUCUUUGGUGCAGCUCACCUUGCGAAGUCAUCAAUACGAUUCCAGCAUGAGCGGUGCAGCUACUUCAAUCAGAAGACGCUCGAUGUUACCCACAACACUGCGCACGCAAACGUCGAUUUUGUCAACGUCAACCGAGAUUAUGUUCAAUGCCUUCCAAGAGAUGUCGGAAUGGUUUUUCCAAUCCGCGGAGCAACGGAACUCUAUUAGCAGUCUUAUUCUGAACACAUUCUCUGAUAUCAUCCGCUACGCCUUUGAUGUCGGGCAGGGGCUUAAUUCGAACACAGCAGUCACGAAUCCCUUCAUUGAACCAGCCAAAUUCAUCAUUUCAUCCUUUCGAGAUCCGAGCUUCGGCAAUGCCGCAAUUUCACCAGUUGUUCGUUGUUUGGUCAGCGGACGCCAUCAUCAAGCACCUUCUGCCUCCCAUGUGGACGUUUCAGAUCCGCAUCUCGAGUCUGCCUUAUCUUUGGCAACGCUUCUUAUCCGCUUUGGAGAUCUAGAGGACGCCCAGUUGACAUCUGCUGAAUUACAUAUUUUCAACUCCGUCCCUUCCUUGCUACGACUUCUGCUGACGAGAAAAUUGUCACGGAAACACUGUCUGCGCCUGAUGCGCGCUAUCUUGACAUCGAUCGAACGACAGAAACCAACUUCCUUGCUCGGGCAUUUGGGCUCUGCAUCCUGUAUCGAUCUGCUACAUGUCAUUAGGCAUAUUGAUCAGGAGUCUCAAUCUUCCGAGGAACGCUCCGAGCUUUGGAAACUUCUCACUUUGCUCGUUAAUGACUCUCAACAAUGGCUAGCAACGGUCAUCGUAACUGGUACUGCACCGGAUGGCCCAAAGCGGACAAAACAAGAAGAGAUACGAACAAGACAAUUCCGCGGGAGGACAUUCUUGAGUAUUGCCCUGGAGGAACUCACAAACGUUCGUAACCUGUCUCAGGUGGUUGCCAUCCCCAUGCUGGACUUCGUCCUAGAAGCUCAGCAGAACUGGUCUUGGGUCACGGAAGAUGUGGAGUCUUCUUCAGGACUCGUGUCGAAGCUAAGCUCAUUCGUUGCCCAAAGUGCGUGGGGCCAGUCCGAUGAAACAGAGCUCGCGAGAUGGACUUUAAUAGCCGCUCGAGUUACAGAUAUCUCGAAUCACCACUUACAUCAUGCAAGAGCGGCAAGAAAUGUCAACGACGUGAAAGCUUUUAUCCCUCUGCUUGAGUGGCUCACGUCGAAUGCAGUCGAAGUCUCGCUCUACAAGUCUUCCCUCCAUGCGAACCUGAAGAAGAAUUUCUCGUCGAAAUAUACCGGCUUGUCGACUCUGGAUAUCAAGAGGAAGGGCCUUACUGAGCAAGAGUAUGGACCCAAUUUCUACUAUGACAUUGAUUAUGCGGACAAAUUGCUCGCAAUUGAUCCACACUGGCGAGGGAAAAAGGUUCAAUCCUCCGACCAGUCAUUUACUGCGGAAUUCCGUAAGGCAAACACAAACCUGUCUGUCGUUGACUCUGAGUUGAAACUACUAGCAAGUCUGCAGCGUCUUUGCGUGGAUCACUGCAGGUCCUUUGCCCGAGAAAGAGAGUGUCAGAAAGUCAUGGCUCGUCUGGUUCAGGUUUGUCUGCAGUCGAAUGCAAGAGUGUACCCCUCGGAGAGCAUUUUCGACUCACUCUUCCAGACACGACUUGACCUGUCAGUGGCACUUUUGGGCGAGCUUCUGUCGGCUGGGGCAAAAGGUGAAGAAUUUUACGAACUACUGGAGCCUGCUUGGGAUGCUGUGAGGUUUCGGAACGGAUCAUACGAGCAAGCAAUCAUCAACAACGACUUGCUGUAUUGGCGUUCUACGCUCUACACCCUCUUUAUGGCCAUGCAGUUCCACGUAAGGAGAAAGAUCAAGGCGACGACGAUUCCGGGGACAAGCAAUGCGAUUAUCCCGAUAGCAUCGACUAACACGACAUUCCUCGAAGUUACGACUGACAUCGUCGCUAAAGGAUUUGAAUCGGUUGUCGGAGCUCUUCAGGACCAGAAGCUCAACAAGAACAGAAACAGCAGUGAUGACAACAACAUUGUUGGGCCACGCGACGUCACUCUGCUAUUGAUGCUUGCGCAAGCCAUCCUGAGAUUACCCAGCCUCCCUCAGUUUGCUGCUGAGAUGUCAUCUAGGAUUGUCAACUCUGGACUCUUGUCCUCAUGUUUGCUGCUGUAUUCGUGGUCGCAUCUACUCACUAGGCCAGAUCUCGACAACCAGCCACGCUAUGCAGAUUUCUGUGUUCAAUUUCUUGCAUCGCUCUCCUCUCUGCCAUCCGUAGCAGAGCACCUAGCUGUUGAGGGGGUUCUAAGCCGGUUGAUGACCUCGAAAACAACCGAGUCCUUACAACGAGUUCCCGGAGGUUUAUCCCAUGUUGAUGCGAGACCUGGUGGAGCAUUUCUCUACCGUGUAUGGGCCCUGGGAAUGUUACCGUUGUGCUUGAAUCUACUUCAUGGUGUUGGUGGUGCCAUAGCUGGAGAGAUCUCAAUUUUCCUCAACCAAUUUCCCAACCAACUUGCCCGUGCUAGCACCAGCUUUAUGCUCGCUCCUCAGACCAGAGCUGAAGGUACAGAUGCGCUGACCUUGACUGUGGCAAGUGAGGCGGCAACACUUGCUCUCAUAUCAUACAUCUUGUCGUCGUAUCGAGAUGCUGGUGCUUCUGCAGCUGUCGAUCCAACAACAGUACUACCUCUAAAAGGUUACGAUGAGCACCGGAAGGCCAUUGCAGAGGAUAUACGAGAUGUGCUCGCCUUGAAGGCAGACGUUAGACGCAAAAUGACGGUACCUGCCGACGAAAGAGAAUCAAGCUGGCAAAACUCAAGUGGAGGAGAUAAAUUGGAUGAAAAAGUCGUGACUGAAUUGAAAAUGGCGCUGACAGCCCUGGGAAGAAAUGACGAUGAUGAUGACGAUAAGUGAGUGAAAUGUAAACUGCCAGGGAACGCUGGAUCUGCUGUAAGAACUGCAGGAGUGUUUCAACUAUUAUUGUAACCAAAAAUAAUUCCGACUCUCAGUUUCUUCAUUGUCUCUUGGAUUUUCUCGAUCUGAUCUAGCUCUUGCGUGAGCUCAGCGAUGGCCUUAUGACCCGAAAUGAUUACUUUGAUGGAAAGAAGUACGGAGUAUGAAUUGACUGACUUCAAGGUCGCCUGAACGCUAUGAGUGUAUGUCUGUUGUUAUGCAAGAUCCGACGUUUCCUCUUCUAGCCCGUCUAUACCACAAGCUC